GCGAGUUUACACAGUGCAUUUACGCGGAGCUUAAAUUAUUUGUGAUUUACGGAGUGGUUUUUAGUGUUAUUUCUGUUCUGUUGGAUAUAAAUGGAGUUGGAGAUAGAGGAGCUCGAAAGUCUAUGUUCUGAGCAUUUUGGCAGAACACCAUUAUGUACGCCUGCACAUUCUCAAGAACUGUCAUCCGAUGACGACAAUGACAAGGUAGACGGUGCAUGUAGCGCAUUCAUGGAAAACCGCAUUGGGUCCUUCGUUUCUGGGCAGCCUGCGGAAUCAAGCAGUGACUCCACUUACGAUGAUGGAAGUGAUGCCGUUGAUGCGUUUUCACAAGAUGAUAGCAUUCGACGUUUCCACGAAUCUGGCUGUGGGUGUGCUAAGAAAUGCCACGAGAAAUUUGAUGCCUCCCAAAUCAGAACGCACAUCCUUGAUACGCGGGAAAUGACGAGAGAAGAAAAGGAAAUGCAUAUUAAAGGCUGUUUGUCCGAAGGUCCCACAAAUGACUCUACAAAGCGUGGGAAAAAGAGAAUGCGAAUUCGUGGCAAAUACACAUUCCGCGGUCAGGAAAUAUGUGCAUACACGUUCAGAUUGUUAUUUGACAUAAGACGCUGUGCAUUAAAAUCAAUAAGGCAGUCAUUGAACAAGACCGGUCCGGCCCGACGCCGACAUGCAAAUACAGGAAGGAAACCAAAACAUGCUCUGGUCUUCACAGAUGUCGAGCGUGUGGUCUAAUUCGUCUGCAACUAUGCGGAAGAAUUCGGAAUUCCGCAACCUGCAGCUCCGCGUGGGAGAGACGAUACGGCACCGAUAUACCUACACAGCGGUACAACGAAAAUGAACAUUCAUAAGUUGUACAAAGCAAGCUAUCAAGAGGCUGGCGUGCGUUUCGUCGAAAAAAAGCUCCUUUCAGUCAAUAUGGAGUGCCUGCAUCCCACAUAUAAAGGAUGCAUCCCCUAGAGACGAUGUGUGCGCGACCUGUGAGAAGCUGCGAAAAAAAUUAUGUAUUCGGUAUCGGAAGAGGACAAACUAGCUUCCACUGAAGAAAUCGUAUUGUAUUGGCACAAAAAGAAAGAGACCAUUACAACAGUCUCAUUAAAAAGGCAAAAGAAACGUCACAUCUAUGUCCAGCUGAACAAUCAAACCACUUCACAUUUGAUUUCGCUCAAAGUGUAGGCAUACCGCACCAUGCACGACAGAUGGGGCCAUUAUAUUUCGCAUCCUUAAGAAAAGUCCACAUUUUUGGAAUGAGAAUUGAUGGGCAAUCACGUCAAUUGAAUUUUCUCAUCGACGUAAAUGAGAGCAUCGGUGCAGAUGGAGCUAAUGCAUAGGGACCAAACGCUGUCAUCUCGAUGAUAGACUACGUGCUCAACACCCAUGGAUGCGAAGAUCUCUCGUGCACAAUACACGCCGAUAAUUGUCCGGGGAAGUGUGCUGGUUAGACGACGACGACAACGAUGGUGGUAAAGAAGAUGAUGAUGGUAAUAAUGGUGUUGAUGAUGCUGAUGACGAUGACCAUUAAAGUAACAAUCACGCUCAAAAAUAUCGAAUAUUUCGUUAAAUAAAGCUAACCCAUAAAAAAAUCAAUGUUCCUUUUAGCAAAAUGCAAAAUUUCAACGUUAGAUGUUGUCUGGUAGAAUUGAUUUAACGAGAUACAAAAUGCUCGUUUUUAUUUUUUGUGGCCACAAAUAAUUCCAUUUAUAUCUCCCGUGAAAUAUCCGAACAUUUACGGGCGAACACGUGAUUGGAUACGGUAAGCGUCGGAAGCAUGACGUAGCUCUCAUAAAUAAUCAUUCUGUGAAAUCAAAAUGAAUUCUGGGUAACUGGAACUUAGCGAAUGCGAAAAUGGCUUGUAUAAAUUAUGCAAAUGAACGCAACCCGAAUGAAUCCGAUCCUGACUCGAAAGCGAAAGUAGAUUACAUCGUGGAACGAUAUUUAGAUAUUUAAAUGCUUAAAACUUGCCGAAUGCUUGUCGUACAUAUCUUCGAUGUUGUUAUAUUUUCAGCCUUCAGAGGCUGGUAGCGGUAUUGUGUUUUUUAAGAAACCUUGUUUAAUUGUUUUUAAUGAAAAUUCAAUACUGCUCCAGCAGCUGGAGUUUCACUUCUUUAUAUUGCAUUGCACAACAGUUUGAUGUGUGCUGCGUGGAUGCAGUAGCGUGUAUCCCCGUACAUAUCUUCGAUGUUGUUAUAUUUUCAGCCUUCAGAGGCUGGUAGCGGUAUUGUGUUUUUAUUAUUUUUUAAGAAACCUUGUUUAAUUGUUUUUAAUGAAAAUUCAAUACUGCUCCAGCAGCUGGAGUUUCACUUCUUUAUAUUGCAUUGCACAACAGUUUGAUGUGUGCUGCGUGGAUGCAGUAGCGUGUAUCCCCGUACAUAUCUUCGAUGUUGUUAUAUUUUCAGCCUUCAGAGGCUGGUAGCGGUAUUGUGUUUUUAUUAUUUUUUAAGAAACCUUGUUUAAUUGUUUUUAAUGAAAAUUCAAUACUGCUCCAGCAGCUGGAGUUUCACUUCUUUAUAUUGCAUUGCACAACAGUUUGAUGUGUGCUGCGUGGAUGCAGUAGCGUGUAUCCCCGUACAUAUCUUCGAUGUUGUUAUAUUUUCAGCCUUCAGAGGCUGGUAGCGGUAUUGUGUUUUUAUUAUUUUUUAAGAAACCUUGUUUAAUUGUUUUUAAUGAAAAUUCAAUACUGCUCCAGCAGCUGGAGUUUCACUUCUUUAUAUUGCAUUGCACAACAGUUUGAUGUGUGCUGCGUGGAUGCAGUAGCGUGUAUCCCCGUACAUAUCUUCGAUGUUGUUAUAUUUUCAGCCUUCAGAGGCUGGUAGCGGUAUUGUGUUUUUAUUAUUUUUUAAGAAACCUUGUUUAAUUGUUUUUAAUGAAAAUUCAAUACUGCUCCAGCAGCUGGAGUUUCACUUCUUUAUAUUGCAUUGCACAACAGUUUGAUGUGUGCUGCGUGGAUGCAGUAGCGUGUAUCCCCGUACAUAUCUUCGAUGUUGUUAUAUUUUCAGCCUUCAGAGGCUGGUAGCGGUAUUGUGUUUUUAUUAUUUUUUAAGAAACCUUGUUUAAUUGUUUUUAAUGAAAAUUCAAUACUGCUCCAGCAGCUGGAGUUUCACUUCUUUAUAUUGCAUUGCACAACAGUUUGAUGUGUGCUGCGUGGAUGCAGUAGCGUGUAUCCCCGUACAUAUCUUCGAUGUUGUUAUAUUUUCAGCCUUCAGAGGCUGGUAGCGGUAUUGU